UGAGUUGAUUCGUAGAAAGCACCUACAACCGUACCUAGGACAUAGGAAACCUGACCAUCCUUCUUUCCACUAGGUACUUCUUUUUACGUGGCUGCAUAGUAUUUCACUGGGAGAACAGGUCAACCGGGCCAGUCCCGCCUGAUGAACACUGAGGUCCAUCCAUUCACGCGAACAUCUUUACUGAGCCCCUACUGUGUGCGGAGUCCCGCGCUGGAGGCUGGCACAAGAAGGCCCUGGUACCAAUUUCUCCGCCAAGACGCAUGGCAGGUAGCAAAAGUCCCAUGGUGCGAAAGGGUAACGGACACCGCCAGUGGCCUUCAAAAGGACUGCCCCGUUAGCGCACCCACCUUCCAGGGCUUGGCUGGAACCCGCACGUUUAGAAUGGCAGGUUGGGGAACUGCCGCCUUUCUGGGGAAAGGUGCUGACGUGGGCCUCGGCGGGCGGUCGGCUGGGAAGCGACGGCCCCAGCGAGGCCCGCAGCGCGGCCACACCCCUGUGCGGGAGGGGAGCGAGGGCGCCCCGAAGGGAGUGGACAGCCCCCCUGUCAGUCUUCCCGAGUCGGGGAGUGUAAGAUGAGAAGGGGGAAGGUGGGCCUCACCCUCGGGGAGAGCGAGGAGGAACUUCCUGCCCGCGCGCGCGCUCCUCGGUGCCGAGCGCACGGGCUGGGAGGCCGUAGGCGCGUCAAGGUCAGCCUGGACGGGGGUGGCUGCCUGCCUGGGGGCGGGAGACCCUCCCGGAGGGCUGGGCUGCGGCCUCCGAGCGCCUCGGCCAUAUUGAACAGCCACGGCUGAGUCGUCUUUGUCUGCGAAGUCCUCUCCCAAGCUGCAGGCGAGUCCCCGAGGCAGGAAGAGCCACGGGGCAGCCCGUGCGCCCCAACUCGGAGCCCGUGCACCGCGUUCGCAGCUGGCCGGUGGGCUUUGAGCCUCAGGACCCAUCUCACCCCCGGCCCACGUAAGCAUCCCCGGGGGUUGAUUCCCGCCACUCCUUGGUGGGGAGCCGGACUUGACCAAGACUGGACUCGGUUGCGGGCAGAGAAGUUAGGAGGGGCUGGCUCCUCCUUGGCUGGAGAGGUGAGACCCUCCGGGCAGUUCGGCCGCGACCCCCCGCCCCCAAGACCCAGGCCUACUUGUAGUUUGGGGUCGUUGCCCCCACCCCAGCUUUCACCCUGGAGAUCUUAAAGACCCUCGAGAAAAGCCACGUGGGGGGCUGGUUCCCCUGGGGCUUCCUCCCAUCCCCCGACUGCCUGAUCCUGUGGAGCGUCCCAGAUGUCUGCAAAGACGUGGAUCUGGAUGUCCUCGUGGAAGCCUUGAAACCCGUGGGGACCUUUAAGAAGAUUGGCAAGGUGUUCCGCAGGGAGGAGGACUCCACGGUGGGGAUGCUGCAGAUCGGGGAGGACGUCGACUAUUUGCUCAUCCCCCGGGAGGUCAGGCUGGCCGGGGGCGUGUGGAGGGUCAUCUCCAAGCCGGCCACCAAGGAGGCCGAAUUUCGGGAGCGGCUGACCCAGUUUCUGGAGGAAGAAGGCCGCACGCUGGAGGACGUGGCCCGCAUCAUCGAGAAGAGCACCCCACACCCGCCCCAGCCCCCCAAAAAGCCCAAGGAGCCCCGAGUGAGGAGGAGAGUCCCGCAAAUGGUGACCCCUCCCCCGCGGCUGGUCGUGGGCACCUAUGACAGCAGCAACGCCAGCGACAGCGAGUUCAGUGACUUCGAGACCUCCAGAGGCAAGGGUGACAAGGGUCACCACGGCCCGGGGCGCGGCAGGAGGGUGCGCAAAAUGCCUGUCAGUUACCUGGGCAGCAAAUUUCUGGGGAGCGACCUGGAAAGCGGGGAUGACGAGGAACUGGUGGAGGCCUUCCUGCAGCGGGGGGAGAAGAAGCCCAGCGCGCCACCUGCCCGCCGCCGCGUGAACCUGCCGGUGCCCAUGUUUGAGGACAACCCCAGGCCGCAGCUGUCCAAGGCGGACAGGUGGCGAGAGUACGUCAGCCAGGUGUCCUGGGGGAAGCUGAAGCGGAGGGUGAAGGGCUGGGCGCCGAGGUCCAGCCCCGAGGUGGGCGAGGCCCGGCAGGCCUCUCCCAGGGUGGAGAGGGACGGGGCAUGGGCACCAGGCAGGGCCAGCCUGGGGGAUAAUAUGGGCAACGCAGGAGGCGGCCAGGCGCCCGAGACUGCCCCAAGACGAUGGAGGCCCAGAAUCAACUGGGCCUCUUUCCGCCGUCGUAGGAGGGAGGAAGCAGCAGCAUCCACAGUUCAGGUGGCAGAGGCUGCAGACGGUCAGAGGGUAGAGGCUGCAGACGAUCAGAGGGCAGAGGCUGCAGACGAUCAGAGGGCAGAGGCUGCAGACGAUCAGGGGGCAGAGGCUGCAGACGAUCAGAGGGCAGAGGCUGCAGACGAUCAGGGGGCAGAGGCUGCAGGUAAUCAGAGGGUGGAGGCUAUAGCUAAUCAGAGGGCAGAGGCCAUACCCGUCCAGGGGGCAGAGGCCGAGGAUAAUCCCGGGGCAGAAGCCAUAGCUGUCCAGAGGGCAGAGGCUGCAAAUAAUCGGAGGGAAGGGGCUGCAGAUAAUCAGAGGGCAGAGGCCCCAGUUGUCCAGGAAGCUGAAGCCUCAGCUGCCCGGGUGGCCACAGGGGCAACCCAGGGAGCUAGGGCCCGGAAACAGGUCAAGACAGUGAGGUUCCAGACUCCUGGACGUUUCUCAUGGUUUCGCAGGCGGCGGAGAGCCUUCUGGCACACUCCUCGGUUGCCAACCCUGCCGGAGAGAGUCCCCAGGGCAGGCGAGGCCAGGAGCCUUAGGGUGUUGAGGGCAGAGGCCAGAGCAGAAGCGGAGCAGGGAGAACGCGAAGACCAGCUGUGAGGUGAGGGCAGGGGUGCCCCGGACCACACCGCCACCGGCCACGCUCUCGGCCUCGCAAGGCACGGUCCUCCUCUCCCGCACUUGGAUGGAGACGCUCUUCCUGCCUCCGUACUUGAAAAUGGAGGCUGGGGCGCCUGGGUGGCUCAGUCGGUUGGGCAUCCGACUUCGGCUCAGGUCAUGAUCUCGCGGUUUGUGAGUUCGAGCCCCGCGUCGGG